ACGGUAUCGUUUCUCUUCUUCAUCACCAACGAAGGCCCCUUUUUAUUUGCGAGAGAGAGAGAGAGAGAAGAGAAGAGAAGAGCCUUCUUCACCUCACCUUAACCCUUGUUCGAUUCAGAUCGUCUUCUCCCAUACUCUCACCCUAAUUUCCUCCCAAUCUCUCUCCAUUAUCUCCUUUCACUCAUCCCCAGAUUCUCCCUUCCUCAAACCUCCUUUUCCUCCGUCUUCUUCAUCACUCUUUCAUCGUCCGAUUGAGACUUUCUUCACUCCGCUUCUCCUCGAUCCUCUUCCGCUAAAUUCAGUUUCGAGACUUCAUCGGAUUUUGAUUUCAAUGUAGGUAUCGCUAAAGAGAGCUGUUGUGAACGUAAAUCUGGGUUUUUAUUCGUGCGUCGUCGUUUUUUUUUGUCUUCUCGUGUACAUGCAGUUUUGGUGAUAGUACGUGCGAUUAAGCGACGAAUCUUCUUCGAUAUACAUAAAAGAGUCGUUGAAGAGAGCAAAUGGAAGGAGAGAUGGUGGUUAAGGUGAAGAGAGAUACGGUGGUGGCAUGCAUGACUUGUCCUCUCUGUGAGAAUCUCCUCCGUGACGCCACUACCAUUUCUGAGUGUCUUCAUACGUUUUGUAGAAAAUGCAUUUAUGAGAAAAUCACAGAGGAUGAGAUAGAGAGUUGUCCAGUAUGCGAUAUUGAUCUCGGUGGUGCCCCACUGGAGAAACUAAGGCCUGACCACAUUUUGCAAGACUUGAGGGCCAAAUUAUUUCCUCUAAAACGAAAGAAAGAGAGAGCACCUGAAAUUGUGUCUUCCGUCUCAGUACCUGCAAGGAGGAAAGAGAGGUCUAUCUCGUCUUUGGUGGUGAGCACACCUAGGGUUUCAGCACAAGCUGGUACAACAGGAAAAAGAACAAAAACUGGCACGAGAAAAGAUGUUCGAGGUAGUGGUUCAUUCACUAAGAGAACUGUGAAGAAGGAAGAAGAAUUUGGAGAUGAUCAAACAGAGAGCGCAAGUUCACCGGAAACACUUCAAAAAUUUACUCAGAACAGAAGGCAGGUAAAGAAGUCUUCAAAUGCAGAGCCUAACCAGUCCCUUUCUAAUCGAAGAAACAAGAAUGGUGAUGAACCUUGGGAUUCCAAAUUACAUCUUUGGAAACCUCUAAAUUUUCUUGUGGAAGUGGCAAACGGAACAAAGGACCCAAAAUCUGAGCAUGGAAAUGCAUCUCACAGUGAUGUUCAGGGAAGUAAAACCAAAUCAAAGGAUCAUAAAAGAAAAUGUAAACUCGAGGAAGAGAUCAGCAAUAGCGGUGAUCCUGCAACAUCAGAAACUGCUACGCUUAAAAGAACGCGUAGGACUCGCCGCAAAAGGUCUUCUACGUUUGCUGAUUCGAGAAUUUCACCAUUACCAGGUGCUUCAAGUCCGAAACAGGAGAGGAGAAAUGGCCCUGUUUGGUUCUCACUUGUGGCGUCAACUAAUCAGGAAACAUCCUUGCCUCAGAUUCCAGCAAACUACUUGAGAAUAAGGGAUGGAACUAUUCCAGUUUCUUCUGUCCAAAAGUACCUCAUGAAGAAGCUUGAUCUCAAAAGUGAAAAUGAGGUGGAGAUAACAUGUAUGGGAGAACCGGUGCUCCCAACGUUGCAGCUGCACAGCUUAGUGGAGCUAUGGUUGGAAACAACUCCUAAGGAGCAGAGAGUCACUGCGUCUGUAGGUUCCUCUGCAAAGGAAUUUGUGAUGGUGCUAGUUUAUUCUCGGAAGCUCCCUGAGUGCAACAACUAAGGAACUGUUCAAGAACAAGAAGGAGAAGACAAGUGCAGGAUCAAUGGAAUGGGUUGUGUAGAAAACUUAGUCAUUUAUAUUUAAUUUAAUUAUAAUCUUUAAAUGUGAAAGUUGAAAGGUUGGUGAGACAGAAACUUUUGUUUAUUAUCCAAGAAGAUUCAAAAUUACUUUUUAGAGGAGAUUGUGUCCUUUUUGGACAUUUGAAUGUAUGAUAGGAUAAUGUUGUCAUUUCUAUAAACAUUUGAUUCCUUGUUUGGACCAAA